AUAGAGCUGCACAGUCCCGCCCAUAGAUAUAUAUACUGACUAGAUGUCGCCUUGGGCUUCGAAGCAUACGUCAACACCGCCGCCAUCUUGGAGCGGGGAUCUGAAGCGCCAAAUUAGUUUUCCCGCAUUGGAAUCAGCUCUGAAGAUGCCGGACUUUUGUGCUUCAUAUGGAUGUUCGAACGAAAGAAAUGAAAAAAAAAAAAAAAAACAGCAAGGGAUAACAUUUCACAGAUUCCCAAAGGAUAAACAGAGACGUCAGUCAUGGGCAAUAGCACUCAGGAGAGAGGGGUUUGAGCCAAAAGACCGCACUGUACUGUGCAGCUGUCAUUUUCGGCCUGAAGAUUUUGACAAGAGUGGACAGACUGUCCGGUUACGACAAGGAGCGAUCCCAUCCAUUUUUAAGUUUCCUGAUCGUCUUUCAAAACAGCCUAGUUCAUCAAGGUUAACCAGAACGUCAAACAAGGCAACUGAGUCUCCACAGCCAUGGUCCAACACGCCUGUCAGGGGAUUUGUAGGACCAGACCUCAUUCAUCAGUUAAUCUCUGUAAGUGAAGUGAUUUAUCCCCAUUGGAUGCUUGGUGGAUGUAACAGUGACAUUUUUUUGCGAAAUAUUUUUCAGGAUCAUCAGUAUGCCCUUGACCCAGUGAAAGCAAAAGAGAAGUUGAUUGUGUAUCAAGAGAACGUGGAGAAGUUACGACGGGACUUGAGAAAUGCGAAGGACAGGGAAAGGAGACAAAAGAAGACAGUGAGCUCCUUGUUGGAGGAUUUAAAAAAGAACAAGAUGUUAACAGAGGAACUGGAGCAAAAGCUGGAUUUCUACUUUGACCUUCCAGUUGAACUGUUCAGGCAUGACCGUGCCUUCACUCCUGCUCAACAAGAAUUUGCUUUAACCUUGCAUUUACAUGGGCCUAAAGCCUACAUUUAUCUGAAGGAAACCAUGAAGAUACCUCUUCCACAUCCUCACACUCUUCUAAAAUGGUUGCAGACUGUGGAUGCCAAGCCUGGGUUAAACACAUCGCUUCUAGAUAUGUUACAGAGACGGAAAAACGAAGACCCUGUUCGGUAUGGUCAAGUGUGUCUGGUUUUGGAUGGCAUGUCCAUAAGGAGACAAGUGCAGUACGACUCACACAAACAGACAAUGGUUGGUUUUGUGGAUCUCGGCACUGGGAUAGAUGAGUAAGGUAGUGUUGUUGCAGUGUUACUAAACACUUAGGUUAACGA